UCAAUAUUCCAGACACCCACCGCACUCUGCUACACUUCUACUCUGCAUAAGGUGUCUAUAUACUUCAGCUUAAUCAUUUUAUAUUGCAAAUUGAUGAUUUCAACACUGGUCAAAAUUUACCAAAUCAAAAUAACUGAACUUGUCACUUGCUCCCUAAUACUCAGUUUUGUAGAAUAGGUACCACAAUGAUCUUGUGUGGUGAGGUUUCUCUGAGUCCAGUAGAGGAGCAGGCGUUUACCCAGCAUUCACACUGGGGAUUUGGUGCCCAGAUCUUACACCAGGUCAGCAAUGGUACAGGAGACACAAUCCAGCUGAUUACAGUGGGAGAUCGUUGGACUAAGAGAAAAACAAGAAAGGGGAAUGAGGGAUUGAUCUUCACUGAUGCAGCAGGUUACAGAAAGAAAAAAAAUUGUCAACCCUUCCCCCCUCCCCUUAACCACUCCCCCCAAACAUAUCCCUUAAGAAAAAAAAGAGAAGAAAAAUGAAAGAAAGAAUGUCUGGAUAUCGGAAGAUCCCCACAUGCUCCAUGGAGUUCAUAAUAGCUUUAAUAUGUAUAUUUAAUUCUUUCCCCAGAUAACCAAUAAUUUUAUCUUCGGAGCACCUAUAUAUUUAAUCCUAUCUUUUGUAAAUAAGGGCGCCAAAUUUUCAGAAAUAUUUAAUAUUUAUCUCUUAAAUUAUGUAAUUUUUUUCAAGUGGAAUACAGCUAAAGAUUUCAUUCUUCCAACGAUCUAUAUUUAAGUAUGAAUCCGCUCUGUAGUACUGUUGUGCUUUGGAGGUAAUGUUGCACUAAAGUUCAGCUUUGUGAUAAAUGCCACAGGAAAGUCAAGCUAUUUCGAAGGUAAUAUAUUGCUUUUUUUCUCCAAAAACCGCCAUAAGCAAAUUGACCCGUCACUUAAUUUUGUACCAAUCGAAGGUAAAGCUGCGGUGAGUGUACAUAAUUCGCAACUUUCAGUGUAACUGUGCGGUAUUCUGUGACCUCUGUGAUACUUAUAAAUAACAGCACUUCAUAAAUGUUACCGUGUUCUCGUAUAUUUUACAUAUGCUCCUCUUCCUGUUUUCUUUUGGAAUCUCUUUGCCAACCGUGCCGCAAUUUUACAUGAAGUUUUUGAAAACAGAAAGCCUGUCCACGGUGGGCUGGAGAUUAACCCUUGCGCCCUGCGUUCCGCUUGAGGUCAACAUUACGGGAGCGAGUUCUGCACAAUGGACAGCCGCCACUAAAUACGAAAUCCAAACAGGAGGCACCUAACAGGAGAAAACAAUACGUCUGUAUCACCAGCAUCGACGCCCACCACACGAAAGCUUCAGUUCUACAUAGAGUGAAGCUGCAGGGAGCGAGGCCGGCGCACGGGUGGAGUUGUUGCUGUCCCGGGACCCGGACUCACCACCCCCACCCCUCCCUCCCUCCCUCUCACGCUACAAUGCCUCGCUGCCCAGUCGAUUAAAGAGCAACGAGUCGCCAGCAUCGCCCCCAGCCGUCUGAGCUUCGGACUUUACAGGAUUCCUUUUCAUGCCGAUACGCUCACUGGAAGGAGCUAGAGGCUGCAUUAACACAGAUGCCAUAACUUCAAUUAAAGCCCUGGAGGUGAUAUCCCACCUCAGGAACUCCCCAGCCUCAGGACGAGGCGAAGAGUGAGACGCUGAGGAUGGGCUCCUUCCGCAAACCUAGGCCUCGCUUUCUGAGUUCUCCGGUGCUCAGUGACUUACCUCAGUUCCAUGCGGCCAGGCAGGCAGCAUUGCUCGGCUCCAACAAGGCCUGGAACAGUGUACAUAAAGCAGUGAUCAAAGUGUUCCAGGGAGGAAGCUUGCAAGAUAAUGAAUUAUACUCUCUGAAUGAAAACAUACGGCAGCUACUGAAGAGUGAGCUGGGUCCUUUCAUUACUGAUUACUUUCAGAACCACCUUCUUUCAAAAGGCCUGAUCCUGAUGGAAGAGAAGAUGCGCGUGUGUGAAGGUGAAAAUCUUUUAGAAGCUUUAACAAGGAUAUGGGAUCAUUUUUUUACUGAAAUCCUACCCAUGCUACAGGCCAUAUUUUACCCUGUACAGGGGAAAGAGCUCACUAUUCGUCAGAUGGCUUUACUUGGAUUCCGAGAUCUGGUCCUGCUGAAGGCCAAUCUGGAGCAAGUGCUGCAUCAACGCCAUAAUGAUGUCCCUCCAUCCAUCACACAGAUGUUACUAGUGCUUCAGGGUGCUCAUGAGCCUAAAGGACCGACUGAGGAAUACAUCCAGCUGGAACAUUUGGUACAGUUGGUGGUCUCUCCAUAUCUGGGCUUGUAUGAACUCCUCCCCAGGGACAGGAGCAUCGCAAACACUGUCUGUUUACUUGAUCGAAGAUUUGCAGGCCCAAAAUCAAAGGCAGUUGAUGCUUUAACUGAUGUGUGUGAAGUAACUGCAUCCAAUGAGACUAUGCUGACUCCUUUAAUCGAGCAGGAGGGCGAGACUUACUUGGAGAAAUGUGGGAGCCUACGACGUCACACAGUGGCCAAUGCCCCCACUGAGCUCCAGCUCUUGGCGAUGAGCUCCAUGCUGCAUCCUAGUCUGCGGGAGGAAGCAAACUCUGAAGACAAGCGUCUACUGACACAACCCAACCUUAAUCACAAACACUAUUCCAGUGGGCUCAACGUCCCGGAAAUUGAGUCCGAGUUUAUGAACCUUUCGCCAGAGAAGACUUUGGAUAUGAAGCGUACAGCGCUUGGUUCAAUCUCAAAGUAAUUGCUAAGGCACCUUGUUAGCAUUUACAGGAAGAAAUAAUUCCAUAAUCUGCCUAAAUUGAUUUAGGGGGUGUCCCUCACCAAGAAAGUCUAAUUCAAGCUGCUUAUGUGUACUGAAUGAUCCUUAAACCAGAGCCUUCACUGUAACAACUGCAGAUACCUCAGAACUGAAAUAACAGCCCAGCAGGAAGGAUGAGUGCAUUUGUUAUGCUGGAACAUCCUGCUCCAGGUGCCCUGGUGAAAGAACACCCAGUAGCAGUAAGUUUGCACUAAUGUUAUAACUCAGAGAAGUCCUGGACUCUAAAACCUGAGAUUGCACCAUGCUGGCAGCAUUGUUUAAAUACUGGACGUCAGUUCUGUCUCACCACAAGCCACUGGUUUAUGACAGAGAACUGCCCAGACUGACCGUCCGUUCUAUUCACUGCCAGUCUGCCUUUUACUGAAGACAUUUUAGAAGUAAUUUCGAACUGUUUCUCUCAAAUGAAGAUAGCUACGAAACUUCAGACAAGAUUUUCACUGUGUACUGUCUGUGAUGAAAUACAAUAUUUUCCUCUUUCAUUAUAAAUGGAUGUUCUCUCUUUUUGUGUGUAAGAAGUUCAGGAGCAAUGUUAAACUUGCAAGAAAGCAGAACAAGCUUGAAUGCAUGUGUGUGCUGCAAAGCGAAUACCAAUCAGUGAAAUAGGGCACUGAGAACACAGCAAGAGUUUCUAAACUGUGGGCCCUUGUUGAACAGAACAGAAUUUAAAAUCAGUUAAUUCGCCUCUCAACAGGGGCUUUAAGCUGGUGGCAUUUAACCAAGCAUACUGAACAGUUUACACAGAAACUUCCUUCAAACUUGAUGUUAUGUCAUCUAGAACAAGCAAGUUAUUUUUCUCAUUUUUACCAAA